AUGUGGAACUCGGACAAAUGCUGCGUCCCAAUCCAUCUCAUAGACCAUCCCCCUUUCGAGGCUAUCGGGAAAGGGAUCGUUGUUGACGUUGGCGGGUCGCACGGUCAAAUCGCCGUCCCAAUCGCCCAGCAGCUGGCGUCCCGCGUGAACAUCGUGGCGCAUGAUUCCUGCACCGAGCAACCGGCCCGCGCCGCAGACGUGUACCACUUCCGCCGGAUCUUCCACGACCGGUCGGGCGAAUACGCCGUUGCGGGUUCUGGGGGCCCUGACCCCGGUACUCGAAGCCUGGAGCAUGCAUCGUCAUCGGCGGAUACCGCUUGCCCGCGCCGGAUCGGCCGACCUGACUACGCUCGAGGUUCGGAACUUGGAGGAGCGUGGGGCCGAGGGGUGGGAUCGGUUGGUCGCGAAGGCGGAGAAGUCGAUUGCGUGUCUGUCUCAUUUGAGGGGUUUGAAUAUUUACAGGAGGAUACAUGGGAUCCUUGA